AUGGUGUUACACUUUGCUCCGGACGCUGUAAGCUCCGCCCAGCAAGCCAAUUUGUCGCUCGAAUUUGGAGACAUGACCCCAGCGAGCGUUGAGGUCUAUGGUGAUAUUGCCAAUGACCUUGGAACGACCUUAAUUGCACGAUUCUAUAUGUAUCUUCAAACAGAAUCACAAUGUUUGCGUUCAUUGGGAUGUAUGGGCGUCCACUCCACUCGCUCAGAUUCGCAAGAUUGCUUUGAUUUCAUUGAAAAGCAACUUGAAGGAUGCACUAAGUCUCACAAGAAGUGCUCAACACUCUUGCAGACGUUAUUGCCCAAACGUGUUCUCAACAUUGGGCAAAACGACUCUGAUCCGAUCCGUCUUCAAGACUUGGAGGGCUGUCUUGGCUCUUAUGCAACCCUCAGCCAUUGCUGGGGUCAAUUUCAACCGAUCAAGACUCUGGAUGCUAAUUAUGCCGAGAUGACUCGGAGUAUCGCUUGGAGAGAUCUUUCAAAUGUCUUUCAAGAUGCAGUCCGAAUCUGUCGUAGACUACGACUCCAGUACCUCUGGAUUGAUGCUUUAUGCAUCAUUCAGGACAGCAAGAAAGACUGGGAGAGAGAGUCUUCGAAGAUAUGUGAUUACUACGAAAAUGCUUACAUCACUAUCUCCGCUGCUUCUUCUCCUAACGGUACGAUACCAUUCCUGACAGAAAGGGAUCCUAAAUGGCUAGCCCGGAGUUUUGACUUCCGUUGCGAGGAUGGCAGAAAUAUAGACGUAUUCGCCCGUCGAGAUUCGGGAAGUUCAGUGGCUAAUCACAUUGAAGACUCGGGCCCUCUGGCGUCUCGAGCAUGGGUCUGGCAGGAAACCCUGCUUUCGAGCCGAGUCUUACAUUACACAACCUCGGAGCUCAUUUGGGUGUGCAAGUCAAGUAUUAUUGCCGAAGAUUGCAUUGCUCCUCGCGGUAUUUACUUCUUGACCUUACCUCAGCAGCUGCAGCGCUGUGCGAAUGAAGAUAAACCGUACAAUGGCUGGCAUAAUCUAAUCAGCACGUAUUCUAUCCGACAAUUGACGUUUGAAUCUGACCGCCUACCAGCGCUCAGCGGCGUAGCAGCCAAGAUUCACUAUUUGUCGGGCUCAAAAUAUCUUGCAGGAAUGUGGUUGGAGAAUCUACUUUUAGACCUCUGUUGGUCGGUCGACUACCAGAUCUCUGACGCGUCAACGCUUCAACCAGCGCCAACAGAGUACAUAGCCCCAUCUUGGGCCUGGCCUACCGUUAGAGGCGCCAUCUGGUCUCCCGACAGCGAUCAAGAUCGCCCUUUCACGCCUCUCGCCCAAAUUGAGGAAGCCGAGUGCAAAGUUUCCGGCCUUAAUCCUUACGGACAGGUCGAUCAGGGCCAUCUCGUGCUCAAAGGGCCUGUCACUUCCAUUACGGUUAGGUGUAAAAACCCAGAAGACUGUUGGACGUACACCAUUGGAGACAAUCCCAGUACGGUUGAACCCAUGACAGCAGACUGUACGCUAGUAGAAUUCGAGGGAUCCGUCAAAAGGGCAGUGGAGACUGAUGGUCUGUCCCCGUUUUCUUUGGCACUUCCAUGCAUUUUGCUUGGCUACGAUCAGAACAAAGACGACUCAUUUUGGUAUGUUAUGGUCCUCGGUAAGUUUGGUACCGACAAAUACUGCCGUCUGGGGAUUGCGAUGUUGGAAGAUGAUGAGUGGUUCUCGGCUGCGACUGAAGAAAAGGUCUGCAUUGUGUGA